GCGGAACUGGAACCGCCCAGAAGCGUAGUGAGCGACUGGCGCGGACUGGUGACUGUGUGAUAGGCUGGCUACAUUUUCCGGGUAUUUACAACAGAAAUCGCGCGGAUGCGAAACCCAGUUGCAACAGAGGAGGUUCGUGCAGCGAACCAACUAAAUGAGAAGCCACUCGGAACCAGGGACAAUUUGAAGCGCGCCACCACCCCCAACCAAUGGACACUCUCGCGUAAGCCUGGCAGUUCCAGUAAACAGAACAGCAGAGGUGCGCAGGUGGAGAUGCCAAAGUUACCCGUGGCUCGGGAUAAGAACGUCAGUGAGUACCAGGGGAAUUACAAGGCCUGGCCGGCGUUGUCCAUUCGCAAGCGCCGGCCGAUGGACUGUAUCCGCCUCAGGGGCGAUUUCGACCUGUUGACCAAUUACGCCGCCGUCUACAAGGGUGUGAAGGGUGAGGUGGCGAAGUUAGUUCGGCCCCAAGACAACGUGGGCACCGACCAAUCCCCCUUUAAGACAUUCACGGAAUACCAGGACACCUAUAAGGCCUGGUCAGUCCUGCCGGUGCGCUCGAAAAAGCCAGUGGAGUACAGGGCUCGGGGUGAUGUGGACUUUGUGAGUAAUUACGCCCAGGAGUACAAGGCCUGGAAGAUCCAGAGGAGACUCCCGAUCAUCCAUCUCGAACAGACGGCUAUGCCCGUGGGACCCUUCCAGAACAUCACCUCCUAUCGCUACGAUUUCACGCACAGGGCCGCCAAACAGCCACCCGGCUCAAAUAGGCCAAACGGAGGCGAGACUCAGCUCCUCAUCAAGGGACGGCAGCUCCCUCGCUCCAUCUCCACCAAGGAGAGCCGCGAGUCUCGCAGCACUGACGCGCCAAGGCAAAGACAGCCAGUGGGCGUGGUCAGCCAGCGCAGAGAUACGCAGCCCGGCAAAGUCGGUCGUUCUGAACAAGCUUGAAAGAACGGGGGAAAAAAAUUCUUAUUAAAAUGGCCACGAAGGAUGCCAAUCCAAAUCCAUUUUAAAAACUGUUUAGCUUGUAGCAUCAUUAGCAGACUUUGUUUUACAGGGCUAGUUCGGCCAUUUCUUCCUGAUGACUUGAAAAACACAUGCGCGUGCUAAGGAUUGAUUUGUUACAUUAUUGCGUUUUUUAAGUCACACUAAAAUAUUGCACCAUUCUGUCGGUUAUUUUUGGUGCUCAUUGAACAAAUGCCUACAACAUGCAGGUAGGCCUACCAUUGAGCCUCUGGCAAAUGUGGUUCACCGUGUACAUCUCAGUCUUGGUUAAAUUAAACAUUCUGAUACGCUGCAAAUAAACUGUUUCAUAACAAACUUUGGUUUGCUCGGUACAUACAACUGUUGGUGCAUACUAAAUUCAAAGCACACACAUUGUUAACAAAAAAAAAACUGUUACACGGUUAUUGUUUUGUCAACCUUUUUAAUCAAAUUUUGAAAAAUAAAGUUUUGAGUACAGAAAAGAGUAGGCAAAAAUGUUCAGCGAAUCACUUUCUGAGCAGAGACAGUAAGCAUGAGCUGCCAGAUGUUGAAAUGGUGUGGCUAACUGAAUAGUAGUUUUUGUUUAAUAUGCUCUUGAUACGGCUGUAUUUGGGUGUAGCAACUAUAGGCUACAUUAUCGAGGAUCUGUCCAUAAAGUGAACAUUUGCUAUGGAUGCAUCACCGUUUGGGUAAAGCC